AUGCAAAUCAGAGCCCUCUGGAAACGUUCAACUUGUGUUGCUGCUGCAUAUAGGAAUGUGCAGUGCAAGACUGAUGACGAUGAUGAUGAUGAUGAUGAUGAUGAUGAUGAUGAUGAUGAGAUGAUGAUGAUGAUGAUGAUGAUGAUGAUGAUGAUGGUGGUGGUGGUGGUGGUGGUGGUAGUGAUGAUGGUGGUGAUGAUGAUGAUGGUGGCAACACUGGGAAAGUGCUUUGGCCACGCAAUCGAUUAUUGA